AUGACGGCUGCAGCUCAGGAACUGGACGAGCUAUGUUUCCUCUCAGCCCAGUCCAUGUCCACCCUGGAGACCUCUGACCACUUCCAGAUGGUCAAGCUGCUGGGAGAGGGAUCCUACGGCAAGGUCAUGCUGGCCGUCCACAAGAAGAGAGGCACUCCCAUGGCUCUGAAGUUCUUCCCCCGUCAGUCCACAUCCCUCUUCGCUUUCCUGCGUGAAUACAACCUCUCCCUCUCUUAUUGCACUCAUCCCUCUCUCACCCGGGCCCUGGGCAUCUUCUUCUCCACCCCCUGCUACUACGUCUUCGCCCAGCAGGCUGGUCUCUAUGGAGACCUCUACAGUGUCAUCGUGUCAGAGGUGGGUGUAGAUGAAGAGUGUGUCCAGAGGGUGAUGUCUCAGCUGAGUGGUGCUGUCUCACACCUCCACUCCCUGGGCUUCGUCCACCGUGACAUCAAACCAGAGAACAUCUUCCUGUGUGACCGCACCUGUCGCUGGGUCAAACUGGGUGACUUCGGCCUGGCCCGCCCCACCGGCUGCACUGUCCGAGCUGUCUGGUACGACUCGCCCUUCUGCACGCCCGAGGUGGAGCAGGCCAAGGAGUCAGAGAAAGUGAGGGAGCAGAGAGAGGAGGAUGGAGAGGAAGAGGAGAACAUUUGGAUCACAGUGGAGACCACUAUAGACAGCUGGGCCCUGGGGGUGCUGGUCUACUGCCUGCUGACGGGAUGCUUUCCCUGGGAAGAGACCACCCACGACGACCCCGCCUACCGGAGGUACAAGGAGUGGUACGACCGCGAGACGGAGAGGGAGGAAAGGAGCGAGGGACUGAGAGGGGAGGAGGAAGUAAUUUGGUGCGAAGGUGAAAGGGAAAAGGACAAUACCCUGAGCCUGGAGGAGAAUCAGAAGUCGAACCCUGUGCCCCCACAUUUUCAAUGCUUCAGCCCACUGCUGAUGUCUCUUUUCAGGGAGCUGCUUAACCCGCAGGCCAGGCUUCGAGGAGGCCCUGAUGAGAUCCUCAGCUACCUGGGGGGGCCCUGGUUGAUGGAGACAGAGAGAGAGGAGAAGAGGAAAGCAAAGGAGGUAGAGAAGAAGGCCAGGAAAAUAAGAGAGGCAGGAGCAGUGGAGGAAGUGCGGGAGAGGGAAGGAAGAGGGGAGAGAUAAAGUGUUAUAUACUAGACAGGUUCGAGAAUUUUUAAGAUGUACUGUACAUUUUCAAAGAGAAUAUUUGCUUCAUAGAGUUUGAUAUUAUGAAUAUAUUGCUGAACAUUUCUUACUCUGUAUUGAUAGAAUUGAGACUACUGUAUUUUGAUAUUGCUGUAUGUUUUUCCUUGUAAUAGUAAUUCUAAGGUGUAAUGCAACUUAAUAUUAUGUGUGUGUGAGCGUGCAUGUGCCGUGCCUGCCUGUGUAUGUGCGUGCUUGAGCAUGAUCGUGAGCGUGCAUGUGCGUCCAUGUGUGCUUAGGGGUAGCUAGCCUCUUAAGAGAAUAAAUGAACUAGUGCUCCUUCAACACACAGGCUGUAUUAUAAUGAUCACUCUAUGACACUUUAUGUUGUAAAAACAUCUGAAUAAACCAGUUUGUAUUUA